UUUUCUGCUUUUAUUCUAGCCCAGGAGCAGAGCAAGUCAGGAACCAAGGAAAAGCGGAAGAAAGCUGCCUCUUUCCAGACUGUGUCCCAAUUGCAUAAAGAAAACCUCAACAAGCUGAUGGCUAACUUGCGAUCAACACAGCCUCACUUUGUGCGUUGUAUUAUUCCCAAUGAAACCAAAAUUCCAGGUUCAAUGGACCCAUUUUUGGUCCUCCACCAACUUCGUUGUAAUGGUGUGCUGGAGGGAAUCCGUAUUUGCCGUAAAGGUUAUCCAAACAGAGUAUUUUAUGCCGACUUCAAACAGCGCUACCGUAUUCUCAACCUAAGUGCUGUUCCUGAAGACAAGUUUGUAGACAGUAGAAAAGGAACAGAAAAGUUGUUGGGCUCCCUUGAUAUUGAUCACACUCAGUACAAGUUUGGUCACACAAAGGUGUUCUUCAAAGCUGGCUUGCUGGGUCUCCUGGAGGAAAUGCGAGAUGAGCGUUUGGCAAAGAUCUUGACAAUGAUUCAGGCUCGGAGCCGAGGCAGAUUGAUGAGGAUUGAGUAUCAGAAAAUUAUCGAGAGACGAGAUGCUUUGCUUGUUAUCCAGUGGAACAUUCGUGCUUUCAAUGCAGUGAAGAAUUGGUCCUGGAUGAAACUCUUCUUUAAAAUUAAGCCUCUGUUGAAGAGUGCUGAGACUGAGAAAGAGAUGGCAACAAUGAAAGAGGAGUUCCUGAAACUGAAGGAAGCUCUGGUAAAGUCAGAGGCAAAGCGCAAGGAACUGGAGGAAAAGCAAGUUACCUUGAUACAGGAGAAGAACGACCUGUCACUUCAGCUGCAGGCGGAACAAGAUACUCUUGCAGAUGCAGCAGAAAGAUGUGAUCUACUGAUCAAAGCAAAAAUUCAACUGGAAGCUAAAUCAAAGGAACUAACAGAACGAUUGGAUGAUGAAGAGGAAAUGAAUGCCGAGAUUACUGCAAAGAAACGCAAAUUGGAGGAUGAAUGUACAGAACUAAAGAAAGAUAUAGAUGACCUUGAGAUUACUCUGGCCAAGGUUGAAAAGGAGAAACAUGCAACAGAAAAUAAGGUUAAGAAUCUCACAGAAGAAAUGGCAUCUCUAGAUGAAACUAUUGUUAAACUCACAAAGGAGAAGAAGGCUCUCCAGGAAGCUCAUCAACAAACCCUAGAGGACCUCCAGGCUGAGGAGGAUAAAGUCAACACACUAACUAAAGCCAAGGCUAAACUUGAGCAACAGGUUGAUGAUCUUGAAGGAUCAUUGGAACAAGAGAAAAAAGUCAGGAUGGACCUUGAGCGAGCAAAGCGGAAACUGGAGGGAGACCUGAAGCUAACACACGAGAGUGUCAUGGAUCUGGAGAAUGAUAAACAGCAGCUUGAGGAAAGGCUAAAGAAGAAGGAUUUUGAAAUAAAUCAGCUAACCUCAAAGAUUGAAGAUGAAGGAGCCCUUGUUAUGCAACUCCAGAAGAAAAUUAAAGAAUUGCAGGCUCGAAUCGAGGAACUGGAGGAGGAGUUGGAGGCAGAACGAGCUGCAAGGGCAAAGAUAGAAAAGCAAAGGUCUGAUGUGGCCCGUGAACUGGAAGAAUUGAGUGAAAGGCUAGAGGAAGCAGGAGGAGCGACUUCAGCACAGUUGGAGAUGAACAAGAAACGUGAAGCUGCAUUUCUGAAACUGCGACGGGACCUGGAGGAGGCGACUUUGCAGCACGAGGCCACGAGCUCUGUCUUGCGAAAGAAACAUGCCGACAGUGUGGCAGAACUCAGCGAGCAGAUUGAUAACCUACAAAGAGUUAAACAGAAAUUAGAGAAAGAGAAGAGUGAACUCAAAAUGGAGACAGAUGAUUUAGGUUCCAACAUUGAACAUGUAACAAAAGCUAAGGCCAAUGCAGAGAAGAUGUGCAGAACGUAUGAGGAUCAAUUGCAUGAAGCAAAUAAUAAAGUUGGUGAACUUCAGCGACAUGUGGCUGAUCAUGCUUCACACAGGGCUAAGCUGGAGAGUCAGAAUGGAGAGUUCAGCAGACAAAUGGAAGAAAAGGAAGCUUUGAUUAACCAGCUGAGCCGGGGAAAAAUAUCAUUCUCACAGGGAAUUGAAGAGUUGAAAAGACAGCUGGAAGAGGAGAACAAAAGCAAGAAUGCCCUGGCUCAUGCCCUGCAUGCCUCCCGCCAUGAUUGUGACCUUCUGAGAGAACAGUAUGAAGAGGAGCAGGAGGGAAGGGCUGAACUGCAGCGAGCAUUGUCCAAGGCUAAUUCUGAGGUGGCGCAAUGGAGAACUAAAUAUGAAACUGAUGCGAUCCAGAGAACAGAGGAGCUGGAGGAAGCAAAGAAGAAGUUGGCCAUCCGUCUACAAGAAGCUGAGGAAGCGGUGGAAGCAAUAAAUGCAAAGUGCUCCUCACUGGAUAAGACUAAGCAUCGUUUGCAGACAGAAAUGGAAGACUUAACGAUUGAUUUGGAGAGAGCAAACUCUGCUGCCAUUGCUUUUGACAAGAAGCAACGCAACUUUGACAAAAUGAUUGCUGACUGGAAGCAGAAGUUUGAGGAGACACAGUCCGAGCUGGAGAUAUCACAAAAGGAGUCACGUAGUCUGAGUACAGAGCUCUUUAAACUCAAAAAUGCCUACGAGGAGUCCCUAGAUCAUCUGGAGACCCUCAAACGAGAGAAUAAGAAUCUUCAAGAUGAGAUCUCGGACUUGACUGACCAGAUCAGUGAAGGCAGCAAGUGCAUACACGAGUUGGAGAAGUUGAAGAAGAACCUAGAACAGGAGAAGAGCGAGGUCCAGGGAGCACUGGCCGAGGCUGAGGGUGCCCUUGAACAUGAGGAAAGCAAAACUAUGAGGAUCCAACUGGAACUGUCACAAACCAAAGCAGAACUAGAGCGGAAACUGGCAGAAAAGGAUGAAGAGAUUGAAUGUUUAAGACGUAACCACCAGCGAGCCCUGGAAUCCAUGCAGUCAGCUCUGGAUUCUGAGGCCAAGGCAAGAAAUGAGGCGCUGAGGUUGAAGAAGAAGAUGGAAGGAGAUCUGAAUGAGCUGGAAAUCCAGCUGAGCCAUGCCAACAGGCAGGCAGCCGAAUCCCUGAAGAUGCUGCGAAUUGUCCAAGCUCAGAUCAAGGAUAUCCAACUGGAACUGGAUGAAACAAGUCGACAGAACGAUGAUUACAAAGAGCAACUGGCAGUUGCUGAACGCCACAGUAAUCUGUUGCUGGCAGAGGUUGGGGAACUACGGGCGGCUCUGGAACAGUCCGAGAGAAGUCGGAAACUAGCAGAGCAUGAACUACUGGAGGCAACAGAGAGAGUGAACCUGCUGCACUCACAGAACACUGGUCUGAUAAACCAGAGGAAGAAGCUGGAAACUGACAUUACCUAUCUGAGUACUGAGGUAGAAGAAGCAGUACAAGAGUGUCGGAAUGCAGAAGAGAAAGCUAAGAAGGCAAUAACCGAUGCUGCAAUGAUGGCAGAGGAACUGAAGAAGGAACAGGACACCAGUGCACACCUGGAAAGGAUGAAAAAGAACAUGGAACAGACAACAAAAGAUUUACAGCUACGUCUGAAUGAAGCUGAACAGAUUGCACUUAAAGGAGGCAAGAAACAAAUACUGAAGCUCGAGACCAGAGCGAGGGAACUGGAGUCUGAGCUGGAGUCCGAACAGAGGAAAAAUUCAGAGUCAUUGAAAGGCCUGCGGAAGUACGAGCGGAGGAUCAAAGAACUGUCCUACCAGGGUGAGGAGGACAGGAAGAACAUUGUUUGUAUGCAAGACCUCAUUGAUAAACUGCAGCUGAAGGUCAAGAGCUACAAGCGCCAGGCAGAGGAUGCGGAGGGAAACUCCAGCACAAACAUCUCCAAGUUCAGGACCCUGCAGCGUGAACUGGAUGAUGCCGAGGAGCGGGCUGAGAUUGCAGAAUCCCAGGUCAACAAGCUGAGAGUAAAAACCAGGGACAUCAAGCAUGAAGAGUGAAAGACCUCGAGGAUCAUCCGACUCUGCAACCUCUGUUCUUUUGUUUCUAUGUAGAGUUAGUACUCCAAAUCCUGUGUGAAUAAAGCAAAUUGUGACAACUUCA